AAUCUGGACACAUCUACAGAAGCUCUGUCUCUUUGUCUUGUCUUAAAUAUACCUUUUUUUCGCCAUUGUCUUCCUCUUCCAAACAUUGUUCUUCACUUCGCUUUUUCAACACAUUUCGAAUUCUGAUCAACAAUCACUCUGAAUACAAUCAGAAGCUUAGAAUGAGUGCUUCAAAGUUCAUAAAAUGUGUUUGUGUUGGUGAUGGAGCCGUUGGCAAGACUUGUAUGCUCAUUUGUUAUACCAGUAACAAGUUCCCCACUGAUUAUAUCCCAACAGUAUUUGACAAUUUCAGUGCCAAUGUAGCUGUGGAUGGAAGUAUAGUGAACUUGGGACUUUGGGAUACUGCUGGUCAAGAAGAUUAUAGCAGAUUAAGGCCACUAAGCUACAGAGGUUCAGACAUUUUUGUAUUAGCCUUCUCUUUAAUGAGUAGAGCAAGUUACGAAAAUGUCCUCAAGAAGUGGAUGCCAGAGCUUCGAAGGUUUGCACCCGAUGUUCCAGUUGUACUUGUGGGGACAAAAUUAGAUCUUCGUGAUGACAAGGGAUAUUUAGCUGAUCAUAGUGGUUCUAAUCCUAUCACAUAUGCCCAGGGAGAGGAACUGAGGAAACAAAUUGGUGCAGUUGCUUAUGUUGAAUGCAGCUCCAAGACUCAACAGAAUGUCAAAGCAGUGUUCGACACAGCAAUCAAGGUCAUUUUACAACCUCCGAGGAGGAUGGAGGUGACAACGAGACACAAAAGGCGCAAAAGCUCUGGUUGCUUGGGCAUGGUGUGUGGAAGUUGUGCUGCUUAGAAAGGUUCAUCUGUGGAUGAAUUCGACAAAGUUUUCGAAAUUUUCUUAUUCAUUGUUAAGGAUUUGGUUGUAUGUGUUAUUGUAAAUUUUUGUUGUUUGGUGACCGGUGUUUUAUUGGAUGUGUUGCAAACUUGAUUAAUAUUAUCUUGAAGUUCAAAUAGUUUAGUUUUAUAGUA